AUGGAGGGUCAAGGGGAUUUGGUGGAAGCUUUGAAGGUUAGGAGGGCGAAAUGCAAGGCGGAGUUUACUGAGAUUGCAAUCAUGGAGGAGAUCUCGUGGAGGCAAAAAUCUCGAGCCUUGUGGCUUAAGGAGGGGGAUAGAAACACAAAAUUUUUCCACAGAUUGGCCAAUGCUCGUAGAAGAGGCAAUCAUAUAGGGAGGAUUCGGGUUGAAGGGGUUAUUUAUUGCAAGGAUGAAGAGAUCUGCAAAAGAUUUGUAAAGUUUUUUGAGAAGUUGUUCACAGAGACUGUUAAGUGGAGACCUUUGCUUGAAGGGUUGCAAUUUGACUCUAUUUCUGAGGAGGAGUGCUUGGGCUUAGAGUUGCCUUUUUCUGAGGAGGAAGUUUUGAUUGCUUUGAAGAGUUGCAAUGGGGAUAAAGCCCCAGGUCCAGAUGAUUUUACCAUGAGAUUUCUUCUGGAGUGCUGGGGGUGGUUAAAUGGGAGAGGCCGUCAAAUUUUGGAUUCAGUCCUUAUUGCAAGUGAAUGUGUGGACUACAGAUUGCGUAGUGGGGUCCCGGGUGUUCUUUGUAAGUUGGACAUUGAGAAGGCGUAUGACCAUGUGAGUUGGAACUUCCUUUUUUACCUGAUGGAGAGGAUGGGAUUCAGUGAUAAGUGGAGGAGAUGGAUGUACUUUUGUAUUUCCAGUGCUCGCUUUUCAAUCCUUGUUAAUGGUGCUCCUACCGAUUUUUUCUCUAGCUCAAGGGGCUUGAGACAAGGGGAUCCUCUCUCCCUCUUCUUGUUCUUGUUUGUGAUGGAGGCCCUUAGUAGAUUGAUGAGAAUGGCUACCGAGUUGGGUCUUUUGAGGGGCUUUCGAGUGGACAGGGAUACUGUUUCUCAGUUGGAGAUCUCUCAUUUGAUCCUUGAGGUGAAUGUGGGCAAGAGUGUUUUGGUGCCGGUUGGAGAGGUCCCUGAGAUUGAGGCUUUUACUGAUAUUCUUGGUUGUCGGACUGGUUUAUUUCCCAUUUCUUACUUAGGUUUGCCUCUGGGUGCUCCUUCGAGGUGUGUGGGGUUUUGGGACCCAGUGGUGGAUAGAUUUGAGAAAAGGUUGGCAGGUUGA